CAUCUCGUGUCUCGCAGCUUCGGAAGGCCACGAGAGCGCCGUGGACGACCGGGACAGCGACUACCGCAGCGAAACCAGCGCCAGCCUCCCCCCUGCCUACUGCACCACCUCCCAGCCCAACGCUUCGGCCCACCAGUUCCGGGGGGCUUCCCGUCUGCAGCAGCAGGGGGUCUGCGUGGAGCCCCUCCGGGGGUACGCCUCGGACGAGCAGACUGGCAUGAGAAGACACGGCAGCGUAGACUCGACUGGGAGUGGCCGGACCGACCUGGAAUCCGGAUCGCAUUCCAGCCAAGUGACCAGUCGCCAGCUGUCCCUAGAAAGCCGGCACUCCUUAGAGAUGUCGGAUAGUCAAGGAUCUUUAAUUAGCAGUGGGAAAGUCAGGAUUAUUCCUUUUGACCACGAUCUUGACCGAGAAGAGUCUGUUGAGGACUAUGACGAACUAGGCAAACAGCUGAUAGAAGAUUUUUUAGAAAAAAGAGCUAGGAAUUGGCAGGAGGUAAAGAGGCCUCGAUUCUCCAAACAGGGCAACGGUAGCCAUCUGAAAAGUUCCAGGUCCUCUCAUAAAGUUUGUGUGGAAUUAGCACGUCCCGAGGCCCUAUCGUAUCCAGCGGAAUACGAUACUAUAGACAGGAGAAGGAAAAAGAAACGGAGAGAUAAUACAGAGUGUGAAUGGAGAAGAUCUCAAAUCAAUGGGAGGUCGAGAAUUCCCCACGAAACCGUUAUUUCUGGAAGCAGCAGGAGAGUAAGAACCGAACGUAACACCAGUUACGAUGAUGCUGAUCUUUAUAGCCGCCAUAGCCUCCGGGAAGUUGGGGCUCAGCAGCCUGGAUGUUGGGAUUUGCUUCCAUACAGAAACACCCACCUGGCCCAAAGCGGCUGGUUCUCUGACAGCCCAGAGAGAAACUGCGACCCUCAGCCAGGCCGUUUUGGGGGUGAAGGUCAGCUGCACCCAGAAGAGGCAGCCAGUUGUUUCCCACCGUCCGGAGCUCUUGAGGAACUGGAAGGCAACAGCUGGCCUGAAGAUCUUGGGGGCUCUCCUGCUUCAGAUGAGGAAGGGAAGGGGGAAAUGGCCCAUGGCUGGUAUGAGCCCACGCGUGGCUCUUUCAAGGAACACGUGGCCUUCUUGCCUGUUCAAGCGCCACCGGAGCAAGACCUCAGUGCGGUGGACGAGCUGCAGUGCUUGGUGGAGACGGUGUCUGAAUACCUGGCCGAAAAGGAGGAAGAGAUUAGCAGCUGGGAAGCCCUUCCAAAGCAGGAAAGCAGGAACCAUGGCCUCCCCAUCCAGGUGGCGGAGGAGACGGCCCAGGCAGAGCAGGCCAAGGCAGCCCCUGCAGAGGAGGAGGAAGAGAAGAGCGACAGCCGAGGAGAGGCCUUAUCGGACAUUCUGGGGGUGAAAGACACAGCCCAGUCCUUCUUCAGCUUCCUUACCGAGAAAGUGAGCUCUGGAAAGACGCUCUUCGCGUCAUCCAUGGAGAAGUUUGUGUCUUCAGCGACUGAGACGGCAGAUGUCCCCGCAAGGGACUCAUCCAGUCAGCCUCAUCUGGAUGUGGAAACGGAAAGCAGGCCUGAUCUCCGCUUGCCUGAAGAAAGGCUGGCUUCCCUCCCUGAUCAGAGCCGGGUGAAACUAGCUGGUGCUGACAGUGUGAGUCUCCCAGAAGUCUCUGACGGGGAUGACAAGGCCUGUCCGGGCCCCCCAGCCCUCGAUCAUCCUGCAGAUGAUGCCGAGGGCCAGUCUGCCUUUCAGAAGACAAGUGCGGCUGUGAAUUCUGUCUUGGGUAUGUUCGGUUCUUUAAAAUCCUUGACGGAAAAGAAGGAGCCAAAGAAAGAGACCACGAAAGAGGGAACCCCUGUAGAGGCUGAACCCUUGCCCAUAAGUGGAGCUGAGGCCAGAGAGAAGCCUAGCGAAGAUGGCACUAAACCCAGAAACUCCUCCCUGGAAACAAGGAAGGGGGAACCAGCAGCUGACCCCACCAGGGGUCCAGCACCCUCCGUCUCCAGCUCCUCUGCCGACAUUAGCCUGAAAACGAGUUUUGAGGGCGUGGCUGUUCCCAGGAGGCCAGCGGAGUCUCCCGAAGUCCCCUGCCCCUCAGUGCAGCUGGACAAGGCAGAUCGGGAAAUCCCUCCGGAGCCUUUAGCAGCUCAGCCUCCUGAAGUCAAGCCGCAGGAAGGGCCAAAGGAGGGCAUCCCCCAACCUUCAGAACAAAGAGAAUCUCCCGUCAGUUUUUUUAGUCCUCUUAAAAAAUGCUUCAGCCUCUUGCCCCUUUCCACUCCCGCUGACCCUCCAGCCAAAGAGACGUCCUUGGGUGUGGGGAAACAGUGCAAGUCCGAAGACGAUGUCAGAAAAGCCAGUUCCUCCAGCAGCAAAGCUGCCUCCUUCCCAUUCCCUGAGAAGCUGCAGGUUUCCUUCCUGAGCAGCUUCAGCUUAUCAGACAAACCGCAGGAGAAUAAGGAAAAAACAGGAUUCUUCUCUACGUUCUUGAAAAUUGCUUCAGCUGAAAACCCCGAGGCUCCCAAAGAGGGACAUUUGGGGAGCAAUUCAGAGGGUCUCCAGACUUCCUCCUCAAAGUCUCCACCAGAGAAUAAAGAGGAGCUGAAGGGGAAACCGGAAACUGGCCCUUUGGGACCAGAAAGUGGCCCUCAGGAGAAGGUGGCUGCAGACACUUCAGAGAGUGCCGAGAGUGGCAGGCGUGGCCACAGUGACCCAAGCAAUAAUGAUCUAAAUGGUGUUGCAGGCAGAGAAGCAGCAGCAGCAGCAACCACGGCCACCUCCCAAGGUCACAGAUCCAGCCUGGAUCCGUCAGGGGAAAACUCAGAGGCGACUAGUGGAGUCGGAAGGACUAAGAUUCUGGGUGAUGCCCAGGAGGGUUUCCUGUCCGGACUUCCCCACUCUCCUCUGGCUGGCAGUUUAUCCUCCAAGGAAGGACAAGAUGCUCAAGACAGCACAGCCGGCCAGAAGGACCGUUCACCUGGCUUGCUUUCUGGAUUAUUUAGAUUCGGUUCAGGUGAAAACCCAUCUCCGGGUAAGGUGGACAAGCCAAAUCUGAGCUUUCUGGGUGGUUUGGGGCAGAUCUUUGAAAAGAAUGUGGAGGAGACUAAUUCCAAAGAGGGGGCUUCUCAAGUGGCACUCCAAACUCAAGAAGGCACCAAGGAGCAAGAGGGCGCAGGCAGCUUCCUAAGGAACCUCUUACACCAGGCGAAAGAGAAGGUAGAAGAGAGAGUGGCCCAAGCUCCCAAGAUGGAGGUCGGGUUGCCUAGCACAGGCAAGGAAUCCGUUGCCCUCCAGGCAGGAUCUGCCUCUCUGAACCAUUCCCAGAAGAAGACAUACUUAUCAACCAAGCCAGCCCUUUCUAGAAAAAAUGCAGAACCUCAUAUUCAUCCAGGGAUUCCCCAUGAAAAUGUAGGUGGACUUCUCAGAUGUUCCUCACGGAAUGCCAACUUGCUCAACUGGUUAGGAGAACCUCCUGCUUCUGAGGAAAUCAGGAGUGGCUCCCCCUUGGAUAGUGACUACGACCCCAGGAGUUGUCCAGCAAAGACGGUUCAGACAUCCAUGCCUUUUUAUUACGUCUUAAACCAGAAUCCCAUCUCCUGGGAUGAGGUCCUGACCUGGUCAGAAUCUAGCAACACGGUAAUGAAUUUGUGUAAAAGGGAUGGGAAUGCCAAUCCAAUGGAUUGGAGAUCAAGUGAGAAUUUUGAUCCAGCAACAACAGAUUUUAAUGCUGCGUCGCUUAGAUCACCUGACUUUUGUCUGGGGGAAAAUGAAAUGUGGGCAACUCCUUAUUUGAACGGAAGUCUUUCUCCACACAAGUUCAACUGCAUUUUUGAAGACGGGCCAAUAGAUUUAAGUUAUUCAUCUGCUUAUGGCGCUGAUGUGUGGACCCUAAUUGAUCAGGAGCCCCUGAAUGUGGAGGACCCUUGGCUGGCGCCCUGUCAGGAGUCCCUGGAUUGGCUGAUGCCUCUGCUGCAGGGAGUGUGGUGGCCGUCAGAAGACGGUGAUUACGGUUACUACGUAUACACUGACGGCCAGUAUGUUUAUUCUCUACUCACUGAUUCUACCGGGCAGUAUAUUUACAUCUGCACUUCCGACAUUUACCCUCAUCCAGACAGCUGGGAGGACCGUGACCUCAAGGGCUCUUUGCAAAGUGUUGUGACGGACCGGGACCUGGUUUCCAUUUGUGGCUUCAAAGUGCCUCUUGAAGAUGAGUUAUUCUGGUCGGCUGAAGAGGAAGAGUGGGAUGAUUAUUUUGUAAACAAGCCUCUUGAUUUGUCUGUAGCUUUUCAAAGAAGGGACAAGUUUAUGAACGUAGAGACCUUUUCUCAAAUGUUUGAGGAAUCUGCUUACCACCAGAAAGAGAAGCCUUUAGACUUCUCAGGGUACAGGCUUCUGAAACCCAAUAAGGUGGGCUUUAGGCCUGAGGAGAAGAGGGACGGGUCUGUAGAAGAUGCGCCCUUUGACCUCCGGGCACAUUUCAGGGUGGUCUCUGGCGGGGGGCUAAAGGAGGAAUUCCAACCCAAGUCACUGGAUGUGGCCCCUAGGACUAGCAUUUCUGAAAGCCAGCAAACCAAACCUUUUGGCUUUCAGAUCUUUAGAGCUGCCGCCAAAUCUGAUCUCCCACCAGUGUCUCUUGCCGAAGCACAGAUGGCCGAAGAAGAGAAGAAGACCACAAGCAACAGGGUCUCCUCUUGGCUUUCUGCCUUGGGUGGGCUGAUGGGUCAGGGCUUGGGGAAGGAUGAGAUGCUGGAGGAUGUGGCAGAGAAGGACCAGGGCCCACAGUCAAGGUUUCCUGCAAAGGAAGCCAUGUCUAGAACACCACCCAGGAAGAAGGGAGAACCUCAGCUGGAACCCCUGCCUGUUCCCACUGCACGAGAAGGGGCUGCGGUUGCUCCGUCUCCCACCCAGAACAGGGCUCCCCUGCGCAGAUCCGCCUCUCAGUUCAGCCAGGGUCUCACUUCCGACACAUUUGCCCAGCCAGACAGCAAUGCUAAGGCAGUUCCAGGGUCUCUGGGAGAACCUGAAAACAGUUGGCCGGUCCUGAGCCAAAUAGCUACUAAGGCCAAGGAGACUCUUUCUAAGAGUGACCUCAAAACAAGUAGCCCCAGAGAAGACCCACCGGCUGCUGAAGAUUCAGGAUUACUCAGUUUCUUUAAAAUGCAGGGAAGCAAGCCUCCAUUGCAACCUUGGCCAACCUCUCAGCCCCAUCAGGUGAAAAACGAAACCCAGAGCCAGGCAGAGCUCCCGGGGGCUCCGUCUUCCUUCUUUGGCUCGAUCAAAGACUUCUUCACCAAGGAGCCAGCCCCCGCCCCGUCUGACACCCCCGUCCCACCACUGAGCAACGGGCAAAUAUCCCAGGAACUUCUUCAGGAACCUAGUAAGAAGCCUGCUUCUGAGGUGGGUGUCUCUUCAGAGCCACCUGGGGCAGGUAUGGCCAAGAAGGACCUCUUCCCUAAGGAAGAGCCCCAGAAAAAGGCCGGAGAGGAAACGGCCAGUGUCAAGGAAGCGCCUCCUGCAAAGGCUGAGCAGGCAGCUAACUCACACACAAGUCCAGGGUUGGGGUGGUGCAGCCCACCCCCAGAAGAGGGAGGCCAGCUCAGGAGCCUCUCUGGGUUGCUGGGGGACUCGGCAGCAAGGAAGUCCAGUUCCCUGAGCACCAGUUGGUCCUCCUUGAUGGACAAUGGGCAGCAGGGAGUCUUGCCUGGUAAGGUCCAGCCAGAGAAGGCCAGGCAGCCACCCGAGGAACCUGCGUUUAGACUCCCCUUUGGCUUGUCCCAAGCUGCGCCUCCAAAGUCUCAGGAGACAACCGGCAGCUGGGAUAUCUUCUCUCUUUUCCCUGUCUCCAAGAAAGCCCCGGCCCCAGCCCCAGCCCCAGCUCCAGCCCCUGCACCCUCUCAGACGGCCAGAGGUCCGGAGACAGAAGGCUUGUUCAAGAUCCCCUUCACUGCCAAGAAAGGGCUUCCAGACAGCUCCAGCUUCAGCUUCUUCAGUUGGGCCUCCUUCCGCCCUGAAGAACCAUCGUUUGCUCCUGACAAAGGUCACCUUGCCAAGCCACCUCCAUUGCAAGGGAAGGAGGAACCACUCCUGAGGCAAUCUGUUUCUGCUGAUGCUGGCAUUGGGAUGGCCAGGAAACCACCUGUGCAGGAGAAGGGGUCCAUCUCCGGGAUUAGAGAUGCUGUGUUGGGCAAGCAGGAAGCUUGCAGCUUGCAGAACAGGGUGAGUGAAGCCAGUGCCCCGGUGGCCGAGAAGGCCGGAGAAUGUGCCUUGGGAGAGCGGCUUACAGCCAGCCCGGCUCUCAGUGAUGCAAAGGAAGAAGACCGGCUGGUACAGCUUGGCCCUACCUGCGAAGAUCCUGAAGUCCCAGAGGAGGAUGGGACUUUCUCACCUCCAGAAAUCCCAGACCUUCCAGAGCAGCUGCCCCAGAGCCCAACUGAGCGGGAUGAGACAAGGGUGUGUUUGUCUGAGAAGAAAGCUGCUCCUUUUCCGGAUGGGAAUGAAGCUUUUGAAAACACCGAACACCCCAGUUCAUCCUCUGAUCAGACUUCUGUGGCCCAGAGGAGAGCUGCUGUCCCAGAGUCAGGCCAGGAGGUGGUGCCGGAGCACCUGCAAGGACUUGGCCUUUCUUCCCAUGCUGGAGCCCAGCAGGCUCAGGGCCAGGAGCCUCUCCCCAAGGUCCCACUGGGGGAGCUGGAUAGGCUGAAGAUGCCUGAAGAAGCUACAAGCAACAAGUCUGUUCUAGAUUCCUCAGUGGAGAAGUUUUCAAGCUUUUUCACCAAAAUCAAACCCACUAAAACUUUCUCUGACUUUUUGGGCAGCCCACUCCAUGCUCCAGAUGCCCCCGGUGUGCAGAAGAAGAGUGCCUCCUUUUUUGGCAGCGCAUUUCAGGGAGGUGGGCCUCCCUCAACAUUCACAGGUGGCCUCUUUGGCUUCUCCAAAGGAGCAGCGGAACAGCCUCCUUCAAUGCCCUCAAAACCUGCCCAUGUGGACUCUGGCAUGAAAGAAGCUACAGGCUCAGUUCCAGGGAAGGAGCCGCUCAGCACCCAAGAAAGCAAGGCAGGUAGAGAGGAGGGCUCAGAAGCAAGCAGCUCAGGGAAACAGCAAGUCGAGAGCCUGGGAGGUGUGCUGCUGGAGACCAAGGCCAGAAGCAUCUUGAAGGAAGAUGCUCUGUUGACCUUGGCAGGAGAAACUCUCCAAAUGGACCUGGAAAUGGAAGCCAACCAAAAGCCAGACAUUUGCCAAGAGCCUGAGCCAAACGCUCUGGAUACCUUGAUCUCAGAGAAGAGCCAAGUCCCUGAAGAGGGGCAAGUGGACUUCCUAACUUCAGAUGAAAUGAGGGAUGCCGAUAUGUGCGGUCAAGAUCUCAACCAGGUGGUUGUGGCAGAAUCCGCUGCGAUGCUGGAGGAGAUCAAAGCAGAGACAUUGGAAGAGGUUGAUAUUUGUCCACCAAACGGAGGUGAGAGCCUAGGAGUGGAAGCCGGAAUGGUUCUGAACGAGACCCCUGAUUUGCACCAUGAAGAUGCGGACAGUGUCCAUGACACGAAACGUGUCCCCUUUGAGGAGAAGGAGGUUUCAGCCACUAGUGAGAAGCCUCCGGACGUUGAGGCCUUGGGGAGCACCUCAGGUAACGGGCCUGCCAGUUCUCCUGCUGCAGAGGCCCUCAGCGCCUCGUCUGUAUUUGAAAUGUUAAGCAAGCCCCCUUGGCCCAAAUUCGGCUUUGGGUCUUCAACCGGCAGCACCAAACCGAUGGGCUCCUUCUUCUCACCUGCAGCUGGCAAGACCGGUGCUGAGCCAGGUCUCGGGUCCAGCUUGAGCAGCGUCUCUUCCGUUCUGUUUCGUGGAGGAAGCGAUGAGAAGGUGGAGAAAAGCGGGAGCCUCCAAGAGACGGUUUUUGGGAGGAAGCUGGACUUCUCCCUGCCUUGGCAGAAAGGCCCGAAGGAAAAAGAGAUGAAGAAGGAACCGGAGGCGCCACUGAAACCUUCCUCCAAGCUGGAAGCCCCGUCAGAUGGUCCCUCCAAUCUGGCGCUCAGUGCACCACAGCCCUCGUGCGGCCCUGAGCAGGCAUCGAUGGGGCAUCCAGUCCCCGAGUCCAGCCUUCUAUCCGUGGAGAUGGACAGCUUGGGCGAGAAGUUCUUAGAGGCCAGAAGUGUUCCUGCUGAGGUUGAGCCUGGCCAAGGCCUGGAAGUUGAGGGUCAAGAGCAGGAAGAUGGCCUGAGGGCUGUUCCCAGAGGCCCUCCUGCCCCGACCCUGGAAGGAGAAGAAGCAGGAGACACGGCCUCCGUUCCUGGUCAAGCAGAGCAGAAGGAUGGCAUCGCAUGCCCAGAGGAGGGGCCCCAUGUUGCUGGGCUACUGCUGGUGGAGGAGAGUAGCCCACGACCCCCUCUCCAGCACAGGCCAGUAGCAAAUGCAGCCCAUAAAUGGAGGCGGCUGGUCCAUUUUCCUGCCAGCAGUAGCAAGUUUGGUUCCUCCUGUAACAUCAGUCCGGGCAGCUCUCAGCUGAGCGAGCCAGAGCAGGGCAGCCCCCCCGGCUCGGAGCACGAGGAGGAACUCCCAGAAGCAGGGUCUGUGGCUCUGACCCUGCCGGAUGUCCAGGAGCCCCUGAGCGAGCCGGCCGAGUCCCAGGAAGCACUCCGUGAAGGAGAAGAAGAGGAGGCUGAGGAAGGUGGGCGCUCUCAGUUCCCAGGAGAGGGAGAGGACACCCCCAAAGCUGCUCCGGAACCACCAGGGAGCCUCCUGGAUGAAAAUGAGUCGCCGCUUUUUGCUCCGGCAAGAGCCCGUUGGAUUCGAGCUAUCACCAAAGUCCGGCUCCAGUUCCAGGAGGUAGAGCCAAUUUUUUCUUCCUUCCAUUUCUUUGCAUGAAGAGGUGGUGGGGGGGUGUCUUUCUUUGAAGGGUUUCUCAGUGGUCCAAGAAACCACUCCAGGGCUCCAGAAACUGGGCAACCUUCAGCGGCUGAGGCCAAAGGGGGAUGCCCAGCCUGUGUGAAGGAUCGAGACCUCGGAGGGGACUCCUGCCUUUCCCACCCCUACCACAGGUAGUGGAAUCUGUGUUUCGGGGCGCCCCAGGGGGUCUCAGGUAUGCAGACAGAACCUGUGUGCUUUGGGGCACCAAAUCAAAAGAAG